AUGGGCUUGGAAGCUACUCGGGUUUGCUGCCUGACUCCCCAGGAACCUGAUGUCGGAGACGGCCGGAGAAGCCCAGCCCCGGACUCGAGGAUGCCCUUUGCCAGCAGAGACACCCCGCAGAACGGGAACACGAGUGACUCGUCCAGCGGGGAGUCCAGCAGCGGGCAGUGGCCCAAGCGGGGCGCCUCCCCAUCCCGCGUGCGCUUCGAGGACGAGUCGGCCCGCGACGCCGAGUCCCGCUACCUGGAGCGGCUGCAGCAGCGCCAGAAGUGCCAAGCCUGCGGCAGCUGCAUCCACGACCGACGCCCCGCCCCGGGGAAGGCCGGCCCGGACGCCAGGGCCCUCCCGGAGCGCGAAGCUGCCUGCGGGGUGCCGGCGGAGCCCCUCAGCUCUCGGGGCCCGAGCCCCCCCUUCGGGCUCCUCCCUGCCGAGCCGGGGUGCCUCACGGAAUGGAUCCGGGAAACGCACAUCGGAGACUCGGCGCGCCCCGAGGAGGUGGAUUCCGCGCUGGACAGCACGGACACCUCGGACAGCUGCAGGACCGACAGUGAGGAGGCUGGGACCUCGCAGCCCAGUAGGGCUCGGGGGCCAGCCCGAGGCAACAGCCCCCGUCCGCGGGGCUCCAGGCCUCGAGGAGGCCCCAGGUGGUUCCGGAAGGCGGAGCUGCCCGGGAGCCCUCAGGCCCCGCACUACCUGCUGGGGGUUGACCACGUGGAGGGUGCAGCCGAGGUGAAAGAAGGCAGGGGACACCUGCCUGAGGGGACUCUGGUUCGCAGAGAAGAGGCUUUCGCUAAGCCUCCCGUCCUGGAACGUAAAAGGGCUUCCCUGGGCUCCCAGUGGCAGCCUGGCCCAGGGCUGGGAAAUCACUGGGUCCACCCGGUGGAUUCCCGGGCUCUGAGCAGGACAGCCUAUCCCCUGGCCUCUUCCAUGAUGCUGGGGUCCUCGGCGCCAGGCAGACAGGCCCAGGAUGGAGGAAGCCAUGAGUCUCUGGAGACUGUCUCUGCUUCCUCCCUGCAACAGAGUCACGCAGAGCCCUCUGCCCUGCACCAGGCCCAGCAGCUGACCUCUUCCCUCUCCCCCGAAGGCUGGGUGCCAACCCCUCCAUCUUCAAGGAAAACCACCUCACCUGUGUCUCACAGGAAGGCAGCCCUGGCUGCACCCCGCAGGCUGGGUGAGCAGGGAGAGCCUGUGGACCCACCUCCGCCUCCUUCAAGAAGUGUAGUUCCCAGGACCUGUGAGCUCUCCCCGGCCCAGACCCAGCCCUACGGCCCUGCAGGCAGGCAUCCCCAGCUGGCCCUGUCCACCAAUAACUGCAGCAAUAGCCUGCCUCUGGGGCUGCAGGAGCCCUGGGGAGGGGCCGGCCUCGAGGCCAAGGUGGAGGAUGGCCCCUGCAGCCAGGAGCUGCCCCCGGAGAACCGCGGCCACGGAGGAGUCCAGGGCUUUCUUGGCCCAGCAGCUGUUGGCGCAGUCAGCUCCGUGAGCAUCACCCUCUCCCUGGCCUUAGAGGAGUCGGAGUCCAGCCAGGAACCAGAGGGAGGCCUGCAGAGGCCAGGGUUGAGUUCCGGAGGGCAGGUGUCAUCCCGGGCAUUCCCAGGGGUCAGCGCAGGACCUGGCCCGCCCUCCACUGCCCCUUCUGACAGGAGCAAGAAAAGCAGCAGCCUGGCCUCCACCCUGGGGCUGAAAAAGCUCUUGCUGGCGCUGGGCCACAGCGCCAGGCCCAAGCUGGGCAAGGCCCGCAGCUACAGCAUGGAGCAGCUUCAGUCCCCUGCGCCUGGCCCGGCGUCACACGCCAGCACCCCCAGAGUGAAGAAAGCCCCGUCGGUACAGUCCCUGCAACUGGGUAAAGUUCAGAUCACCUGA